AUGAGUGUUGAAGUUCCUGUGUCGAAAAAGCCGGACUCUAAGUACAAAAUUGGUAAAGUCAAGCAGACACCGUCUGUAGUAAAAGAUGAACUUACCGGGUUGGAUUAUAUCGAACUCAAAAUGAGGCAAAACGAGAGGGUUUAUGGCUGCACUGCUUUUCAGAACCGGUAUAAGGAGGAUAAAAAGCUGGGGCAAGGUACGUUUGGCGAGGUGUACCGAGGUGUGCACUUGGAAACGCAACGUCAGGUAGCGAUGAAAAGAACCCUUGUGAAAGCCGAGAAGGACCUGUUCCCUAUAACAGCCCAGCGGGAAAUCACCAUUCUGAGAAAACUUAAUCACAAAAAUGUGAUAAAGUUAAUUGAAAUGGUGUACGACUAUCCACCGACUGAGUCCACAAACGGAUCUAGCUCUCCGGCUAAUCCGACCACAAAUAAUAAUUUCAAAUCCUUUUACAUGAUAUUGCCCUACAUGGUUGCCGACAUGUCCGGUAUACUGCAUAACCCUCGCAUAAAACUGGAGAUGGGCGCCAUUAAAAACAUCCUUUUGCAGGUUUUCGAGGGUGUCAACUACAUUCAUUGUCAGAAGUAUAUGCAUCGAGACAUUAAGACAGCUAACUUGCUGAUAGAUCACAAGGGAGUGUUGAAAAUUGCUGAUUUUGGAUUGGCGAGAAACUACUACGGAGCUCCUCCGAAUCUCAAAUUUCCUGGCGGAGCUGGUGUAGACGCCAAAUACACAUCUAUCGUGGUGACAAGGUGGUACCGUGCACCAGAGCUAGUACUAGGAGACAAGUAUUAUACAACUGCAGUUGAUAUGUGGGGGGUUGGAUGCGUGUUUGGAGAGUUUUUCGAGAAAAAACCUAUAUUACAAGGCCAGAGUGAUAUUGAUCAGGGACACGUUAUUUUCAAGCUUCUCGGAACGCCAGACCAGGAGCAGUGGCCCUUGGCCCGCUAUCUUCCAGGCGCGGAGCUCACCAGAACGAAUUACACACCGAAUAUACGUGAACGAUUUGGCUCAUAUUUGGGUGAUUCGGGACUUGACCUUUUGAGCAAACUGCUCUGCCUGGACCCAUACAAAAGACUAACAGCCAUGGCAGCUAAAAAUCACCCUUUCUUUCAGGAAGAGCCUUUGCCAGAUCAAGUUUUAACACUGCCCUGUGAAGAAUGUCACGAAGCCGACAUUAAGCGCUACAAGCAAGAACAAAGCAGAUCUUUAAGUCAGCAGCCGCCACCCGCACCGCAGGGACACGUCGUUGAAAAGGCUGUCCCACCUACGCCACAACUUCCAAAGGCUCCCAGGGGUAUAAAAACUCUUCCAAGAGGGCAAAAUACAGGUAAACGUGGAGGGCAGAGACAAGGUCUUCCAACUGGUGGCCCAGGUUCUAGAUAUGCUGGUAAUUACGGCCAGGCAGAACCAACCAGAGGCAAUCGCAGUAAUCGAGCGCCAUACGGCCAGAUAGCUGCCUCUCAAGCUUAUGCACCCAAUAAGGGUGAAAACCGUUUCAACAGUAACGGGUCAAGGGCUCGUUUCCACCAAAAUGAGCAGCGUGGUCCACCAGGUGUCACAGAUUCUCAGAGGGUGAGACCAAGCAACCCACCGCUUCCGGGAGGUCUAAAGGGUGAAUCUCACGCUGGAAAAUCACGAUACGGUUACAAUAACGGUGCACCACGAGAUAAUCGUGACGACAGGAUGUACACAGAGUUUUCAGCACAUCCAAUUAGUAGUGGCAACAAUCCUAAUGCUACACCGCUUGGUCGCUCCGACAAAAACAAACCAUUUUCGAAGCAGCAUGAUACUCAAACCGGUCCAAAAAACGGUGACGCACGCUCAAGACAACCCAAUGAAAGCCAACAACAUGAACCAACACAUGCAAGACAAGACCGACACAGCUAUAAAUCAGCUCGAGAGGAUAUCGCAGAUCUAUAUUGA